AAGUCUUCCUGCUCUCAGAAUCUCUUGGUUUCAUUCGAACAUAUCCAGUCGCAUAUCUUUCUGAAGAAAAUAAGAUAUGGAGAGAGCCUCUUCUUCCUCUGACUCAUCAUCAUCCAUGGCUUCUUCUUCUGAUCAGUCUCUUUCCAUCAACUCCGAUCAAACCUCACCUUUUGUGACGUCAUCCAUGCUUUCACGCACGUCAUCUUCUUCUUCCUCCGCCGUGGGUGACUACAUCGGGACAGAGAGCUGCUUUGACGUCCUCUCCGCUGACGAAGAAAACGAUGUCGUCUCCGUUGCGGCCGAGUCUGUAAAAAGCCGGUUUCGUUACGGUGGAAGGAGGAGAGAAGAGAGAGAAGCUAGAGCUGCGGCGGCGCGUGAGUUUCCUCCGCCGAUACCGUUGCUUGCUCAGACUGGGAAUCUUCUCCCGCACAUGCCGUGGGUUCUCAAGCGUGUGGUGACGAGCGACGGGAGGCUUAUACUCAGAGAAGAGAAGGUUCGUCAUCAUGAGUAUUUCCGUGCGAAUAGAUCCAAUGGUCGUCUCACUCUUCACCUUGUUCCUUUAGACGAUGACGUUUUUGACCUUCCUCAAGAACCCUCUCAUUACCAAAGUGAUGAUGAUAAUGAUGAUGAAGAGGAUGAUGAUGAGGAUGAGUGUGAUGAUGAUCAGCAUCAAGAGGUGGAAGAUGAUUUGGAUGAUCUGGCGGAUAAGAUUAAUAAGGAUGUUACUAUUAAUGCCUCUCAUGAUGAUGAUAAGGGCAAUGUGCAUGGUGAUAGUGAAGAUGGAUAUAGGAAGGUUAUAUUAGUGGCGAUGGGGGAGGAGACGGUGGGGGAGAGUGGAGUGAUAGUCGGAGGAGGAGGAUCGCCGAGAGGAAAGUGUUUGAAGUCAUGUUUUGUUGGUAUGCGAGUUCAUGAGAUAAGACCAAUGGAGGAGAUUGUUUUGGAACCAAAAGAUGCAGCUGAUUGGUCAUAUAGAGGCGAAGGAGCUGUUAAUUUGGUUCUCGCUUACACUGGAUCUUCUCCCACUUUCUUGGGAAAGAUGAUGAGGAUACAGAAAAUGCCAAAGGAUGGGAAUGAAAAUGGAGACAAAAGUGAAAAUGGUCUUACUACACAUGAAAAGCUUAUUUGGGCAGACAUUAAGGAUCUUGUAUCUUGCAAGAACAAGGAGAUUGAAGAGUAUUUGUUUGUCAAACAUGUCAUGAGACCUUUGUUGGGUCGUAAACAUGUCAAUCCUGGAAUACGUCUUCUUGUACCAAAGGAAUUUCUUGAAUCUGUUGAGAAAAUUAUAACAUCUCAGCGUCCUUCUUGGAGAGCUGAUGCAGCUAGUGUGGAUACUAACCGCAGUUCCGUGCUUCUCAUGGAUGAUUUGACGCUUUUCGCCCACGGUCAUGUUGAGGAUAAACCAUGCUUAAGUGUUGAAAUAAAGCCCAAAUGUGGAUUUCUUCCAUCUUCAAGUUUCAUAGCAGAAGAAAAUGUUAUUAAGAAGAGUAUUACUCGUUUCGAAAUGCACCAAGUUCUCAAGCUUAGGGAAAACGAGAUCUCAGAAAUCAGUGAAUAUGAUCCUUUAGACCUUUUCUCUGGAUCCAAAGAAAGAAUACUCAAAGCAAUAAAAGCGCUAUACGCGACUCCUCAGAACAAUUUCCGUGUAUUCCUGAAUGGUUCUCUGGUAUUUGGAGGCUUAGGUGGUGGCAUAUGCAAAACAACCUCAAAGGUUGAACUAGCUUUUGAGCAUAUACUCAAAGAUAUCAUCAAGACCGAUGAUGGUUUAUGUGCAGAUCGUUUCAUAGAGCUUGUAGCAGAAACUGUUUACACAUCCGGAGUUCUAGAUCAGCUUCUAGACGUCCAAAAGCUCGAUAACUAUAACAUCGAGGGAGCGAUUCACGUAUACUAUGAUUUCAUUGAUCAGCCAUGUAAAGUGUGCAGAGAGUUGAAUCAAUAUAGCUCCAUGCAUUCGAUUCCACUGGAUGAAAAAGUGAAUAUUUUGAAGGAUUUUCUAAUAUCUGCCACUGCAAAGGAUUGUAGUGUAAUGAUAAGUUUUAGAUCAACAGAAGUUGGGCUCUCAAGAUCCUCUUCUCACAGUAAUCUUCAUCUUGAAUCAACAAAGCAAGAAUUCGAGUACAAGGUACAUUUCAUUGAUCUUGAUAUGAGACCUUUGAAGAAAAUGGAAGUCUAUUACGAAUUAGACAAGAAGAUCAUGAACACAUACCUGGAGAUGCUGAAGAAGAAAGGAGAUCAACCUCGAUGUUUCUAGAACUACAAGCAUGAGAAGCAGAUUCAAUAUCUCAUUUCAAAAAGUUCUUGAAUUGGUAGUUAGUAUUUUAUAUUUCACUUUCACGUAACAGUUUGUUUUCACUUGUAUCAAUUCAUAAGACUCCCUUUACUUGUUGCUAUGGUAUCAACAGAAUAAAACUACAUGACAUGC